AUGGCUUUGGCGGAUGUACUUGGAAAGGAUGUGAAGUUGGAGGAGAAAUUGGCAGCUGAGAGAAAAGCCAAAGCUUCCCCCGAGAAGCCCAACUUGCUUGAAGAUGAGGAUGAGCCUUCUGCAGAAUCUGUUUGGGUUCAGUUCUCGACUAUGAAGUUCGUAGCUUCUAGCCGUAAACUCAAGCCUUAUGUUAUUCCAGUGAAACAUGCUAUUUUCCCUGCUGGUGCUGAGGUUUGCUUGCUCGUGAAGGAUCCUCAACGCAAGUUUAAGGAUCUUGUCACUGAGGCUGGCCUUUCCAAAGUUGUAACCAGAGUUAUUGGAAUUAGCAAGCUUAAAGCAAAGUGGAAAUCUUUUGAACAGAAGCGUCAACUUCGUGAUCAAUAUGACUUGUUCUUGGCUGAUGAGCGUAUUUAUGCCAUGCUUCCUCACACAUUAGGAACCACUUUCUACAAGAAGAAGAAGCUUCCCAUUCCCGUGGAUGUUCAUCAGGCGACCGCUGAACAACUGAAGGAGACUGUUGCAGGAGUUUAUAAUAGUACCCUUUUUCAAGCUGCUCCAUGCAAUAGCUUUAUGGUGAAGUGUGGUCACACGACCAAUACCCCUGCCGAGCUGGCUGAAAACUUGAGUUCUAUCAUCGAGUACUUGUCCGCCAAAAUCAUGUGCAAAAAUGAAAAUGUUUUGCUCAGCAUUCACAUCAAGACAAGUCACAGUCUUGCUUUGCCCUUGUGGCAAGCCGAGAACCUCGCUGAACUUCUUGCUAAGAAGCAGAACGAAAACAAGAUCCCCGCAACGAAGCGCAAGAACUCUGAUGCCGAAGAACAAGCCGAAUCAAAGCCUGCUGCUACGAAGAAGCAAAAGCAACAGAAGACCAAAGAGGCUUCUGCUCCUGCAAAGAAGGCUGAAGAGAAAACGGUUACUAAACCGGCUUCUCCUAAAAAGGAAAAGACAUCUGCUGCGCCCAAGCCAAAGGCUUCGAAACCCACAAAGUCAGCUAAGAAGUCGACCACGACUUCGACAAAAGCAGCAGCUACUACCAAAUCCCCUGCAGCUGCCGCAAAGAAGCCUUCGGGAAAGAAGGUAACCGUCGCUGUUCCCAGCCGCAAGAGAAAAAACUGA